AGCCUCAGCCAUGCCCACGCUCACCCUGUGCCUACUAUGCGUCCUGGCCACAGCCGCCCGGCCUGCCUCUGCCGCUCCCGUUAGGGGCCUGGAGCCGGCCCAACACGAGGAGCUGACCCUCCUCUUCCACGGUGCCCUGCAGCUGGGUCAGGCCCUCAACAGUGUGUACAGGGCCACGGAGGCACGGCUGACAAAGGCUGGGCACAGCCUGGGCCUCUAUGGCCGUGCGCUGGGCCUUCUGGGGCAGGAGGUCAGCCGGGGCCGGGAUGCAGCCCAGGAGCUACGCACAAGCCUGCUGGAGAUGCAGACGGAGGAGGAUGCCCUAAAGCAUCAAGCAGAGGCCACGGCCCGGGCCCUAGGGGAGGUGGCCCAGGGACAGCAGGUGCUACGGGAGAGCAUGCAGCGGCUGGAAGUCCGGCUGAGAGGUGCUUGGCUGGGCCAUGCCCAGCAGGAAUUUGAGGCUUUAAAGGCCCACGCAGACAAGCAGAGCCACAUCAUAUGGGUGCUCACAGGCCAUGUGCAGCAACAGAGGCAGGAGAUGGUGGCCCAGCAGCAUCGACUACAACAGAUCCAGGAGAGACUCCAUACAGCGGCACUCCCGGCUUGA